UGAUUUUGGUUUUCCUUUCAGUCGGGCCUAACUCCAAUCCAUGUUGCUGCCUUCAUGGGACAUGUAAAUAUUGUAUCACAGCUAAUGCAUCAUGGAGCAUCACCCAACACUACCAAUGUGAGAGGAGAAACAGCACUGCACAUGGCUGCCAGAGCAGGCCAAACAGAGGUCGUUCGAUACCUAGUACAAAAUGGAGCUCAGGUGGAGGCUAAAGCUAAGGAUGACCAAACUCCGUUGCACAUUUCUGCUCGACUGGGAAAAGCAGAUAUAGUACAGCAGCUGUUACAGCAAGGAGCAUCUCCAAAUGCAGCUACAACUUCUGGCUAUACGCCAUUGCAUCUUUCUGCUCGAGAAGGCCAUGAAGAUGUAGCAUCUGUUCUUUUGGAGCAUGGUGCAUCUUUAGCUAUUAUUACCAAGAAAGGAUUUACUCCUCUACACGUGGCUGCAAAAUAUGGGAAAAUUGAGGUAGCAAACCUCCUGCUUCAGAAGAAUGCAUCUCCUGAUGCUUCUGGGAAGAGCGGUUUAACACCACUGCAUGUAGCUGCACACUACGAUAAUCAAAAAGUGGCACUCCUACUGUUGGACCAGGGAGCUUCACCUCAUGCAUCUGCCAAGGUACAAGUUCUGGACAAUAAUACCUAGCCUUUCUGUUGCUUU